CCCUCCACUUUUGCGAUUGGCUGUGAGGCCUUGGGUCUCCGCCCCACAGGCUGCGCCUGCGCAAGGCUCAGGGCAGUGAGUGGCACCUGAUGGUGGGAGGUAGUAACCCUCGCUUCCGUUCGGCGGGCGGAGGAUAGAUAGCCACUCAAGAAAACACCAUGAAAGAUACUGACAUCAAGAAACUACUGUAUACCCAUCUUUUAUGCAUAUUUUCAAUUAUCCUAAGCAUCUUCAUUCCAUCAUUCUUCUUGGAGAACUUCUCAAUAUUGGAGACACACUUGACAUGGUUAUGCAUCUGUUCUGUUUCUGUAACUGCCGUCAAUUUAGUAUUGUAUUUAGUAGUGAAACCAAAUGUGUCUUCUAAAAGAAGUUCAUUAUCAUACAAGGUAACCAGAUUUUUGAAAUGCUGUAUCUACUUUCUUACGUCUUGUUUAUUCUUUCAUGUAAUUUUUGUUCUGUAUGGAGCACCACUAAUAGAGUUGGCAUUGGAAACAUUUUCACUUGCGGUUAUUUUGUCCACUUUUACUACUAUACCUUGUUUAUGUUUGUUAGGACCAAACUUCAAAGCCUGGCUAAGAAUUUUCAGUAGAAAUGGAGUUACGUCCAUUUGGGAGAAUAGUCUUCAGAUCACUACAAUUUCUAGUUUUGUAGGAAUAUGGCUUGGAGCCUUUCCUAUUCCACUGGAUUGGGGAAGACCAUGGCAGUACUCAGUGUGGCUCAUGAUGCUGACAGAAUCUGCCAGAGAAACAAUAAACCAGAUGGCAGUAGAAGGAAAACACAGUAUCUCUUUGUUUAUGUACCAGGCAUGGGGCUUGGCACUGUCACGCAAGUAACUUAAUCCUGGUAACCAUAGUGCAAGGAAUGGCCCAUCUCCUGCACGCUUGGAGCAACCUUUGGCUAUGUGGCUGGCCUUGUUAUUUCACCACUCUGGAUAUACUGGAAUAGAAAGAAACUCACAUACAAGAACAAUUAAUUGGAGCAAAGGGAGAAGAGAUUUCUUUGUGCAGAUUCCAUAAAGACUGUGCAGAAAUGUAUAUGGUCUAGGCCAGGCAGUUCCACUUAACAGCACUGUUUUUUAAUGUAGUUACAUGAUGUGAUUGUAGCUUUUUAAACUAUGAAACCCCUGAGAGAUUGUACCUUCUAGUUGAAAUAAAGUAUUUAUAAUAGA